CCAUGUCACCGAAGAAGACAACAGCUACAGUAAAACUUCAGCGAAGAAGAAUUCAUCAUAUAUGUCAUGUAAUGAUAACACGACGAAGGUUACUACAAUUACACAGGAGAAAAAUAUGACCAGUAUUUAACAGGAAUUCCGUGUCGUUUUAAUAGGAGCCCGGGUCGCGAUGAGCGUCCCCUGGUUGAUCUCCGCUGCCACACGGAGCUUCAGCCCUCAGAGCAGGACGCUUCUGGGCCCCUUUUCUCUCACCAGGGUGGAUUUCUUCAUACCUGGAGUGGAUAAAGUGGGAGGCUUCUCCAUGUGCUCCAGUCCGGGUUUGCUGCAGAGGGAAGGGGUCAUUGAGCUCGCCGUUAAAUACACCAAACACCCUCCAGCACACUGGAUCCACACCAUGUCUCUCCUGGGCUCCUCAUUCUCUCCACACCUGUCCGGUGUCUCUUUUCUGCCUCCCCUCCAGUGCAAAGUGGGCUCCCGUGUUGCCAUGCGCGUGGGCGGGAACUUCUUCUUCGACCCGGCCCCCUCCGACCCCUCCGUGGAUUUGCUGUUGGUGGCCGGCGGCGUGGGGAUCAACCCCCUCUACUCCAUCAUGCUGCACGCCGCCGACCUGCUGCGACCCAGCCGGGCCCCCGGGGGUCCGGACUGCCACAUAGGCUCCGCUCACCUCUGUUACAGCGCCAAGAACACUCAGGAGCUGCUCUUCAAGGUGGAGCUCCCGGACAAGUUCUCCUGCAACUUCCACGUCACGCAGCAGAGCGCCGACGUGGAGCCCGACCUCCGGCCGUUCAUCCAAAGCGGAAGGAUCACGGCGGAGGAGCUGCAGGCCCGCGUGGACACAAGCAGGACUUUGUGUUUCUUGUGCGGACCUCCCCCGAUGAUAGAGGCCAUUUCGCAAACCCUCAGGGACCUCGGCCUCCCGGCAGAUAGGAUCAUCUUUGAGAAAUGGUGGUAGGAGCCCAGGCCAUCCGGCGGUCACCGGGAUCAGGAUGUGUGGACUGUGGAUUUCGCAGAUGUCCACAACGCGAUGCU